CAGCAUUCAUCCCCUACAACAAACCCGUCCGUCAUUACCAAAUCAGAACCAAUUGCAAUGGCCAACGACGGUGUCUCCGCUGCUGCUUCAACAAUCCCGACAAAGCGUCGCAGGACGAACUCCAUGGACAAGAACGUGGGGCAACAUAGACCCAGGGAUGAUGAUCAAGAUACACCCAUGCCCGAAGCGGCACCUUAUGAGAAUGGAUCGAGUAAGGCGGAAACCAUCGAGAAAGUGGUCAAAUCCGUCGUUUCGAUCCGGUUCUCGCAAGUCUCCGCGUUCGAUACCGAGGGACCUGAGACGUCUGAAGCUACUGGGUUCAUCGUGGAUGCAGAGAGAGGCUACAUCCUUACCAAUCGACACGUUGCAUGCGCCGGUCCUUUCGUCGGACAUGCUAUCUGCGAGAACCACGAAGAGGUGGAGGUCUUCCCCGUCUACCGCGACCCGAUCCACGAUUUCGGUAUUCUCAAAUUCGACCCAAAGGCAAUCAAGUACAUGCCCGUCAUCGCACUCCCCAUCCGUCCAGAACUCGUGCGCGUCGGGUUGGAGAUCAGAGUCGUAGGUAACGACGCCGGAGAGAAGCUUUCCAUCCUUGCUGGUUUCAUCUCCCGAACGGAUCGUAAUGCGCCGGAGUAUGGUGACCUCACAUACUGUGAUUUCAACACAAACUACAUCCAAGCUGCUGCGUCCGCGACGGGUGGAUCUUCGGGUUCGCCGGUUAUCGCGCUCGACGGAUCCGUUGUUGCGUUACAAGCUGGUGGACGGACUGCCGCCGCUACUGAUUUCUUCCUGCCGCUUGAUCGUCCAUUGAGGGCGUUGCAGUGCAUUCAGCAGGAAAAGCCGAUUACGCGUGGUACCAUCCAAACCCAAUUCCUCCACAAACCCUUCGAUGAGUGUCGUCGUCUCGGACUCUCCGCUGAGACUGAAGCCGAUGUCCGUGGGAAGUUCCCAGAGGAGAUCGGAAUGUUGGUAGCGGAAGUCGUCCUCGAAAGCGGACCCGCGUGGGAUAGUCUCCAGGAGGGUGAUAUCCUCAUCUCCCUCAACGGCCAGCUAUGCACGAAAUUCAUCCCCCUCGAAAGCACACUUGACGAAUCUGUCGGCAAGGACGUCGAGAUCGUCGUUCAGCGUGGUGGACAGAACUUGACUUUCCAACUCACUGUCGGUGACAAACACGCCAUCACACCCGACCGCUACGUCGAGUUCUCCGGUGCGAAAUUCAAUAAUUUGUCGUACCAACUCGCGCGAUCAUACGCGAUUCCUGUACAGGGUGUCUACGUCUGUGAACCCGCGGGUGCAUUCCGUCUCGAUGGCCCAGACCACGGUUGGAUCGUCGAAUCAGUCGACCACAAACCCGUUCCAGACCUCGAUACCUUCAUUACCGUCGUUCGCGAGAUCCCGGAUCGCGCUCGCGUGGUCGUUCAAUACAGGAGUAUCCACGAUAUGCACUCCAUCUCCACCUCUGUCGUCCAAAUCGACCGUCAUUGGUCCGCCUCCUUCCGGUUGGCGGUAAGGAAUGACAAAACGGGAUUAUGGGACUUCACGGACCUCGGAAAGCCUAAACCGCCGGUUGAGUUGAACCCGAGGACGGCGAGGUUCGUGCAGAUGGAUAAGAGUCUUGGCGCAGCGGGGAGUUUGGUCAAGAGUUUCGUGAAGGUGCAUUAUUAUAUGCCCUGUCGCCUUGACGGGUUCCCGCGGUCGAGGAAGAGUGGAACGGCGUUGGUUGUCGAUAAGGAGAGGGGGUUGUGUGUCGUUUCUCGCUCGAACGUGCCGUUUGAUAUGGGUGAUCUCAGUCUCACCUUUGCGGACUCCAUCAUCGUACCCGGAAAAAUUGUCUUUUUGCACCCGACGCAGAAUUUCGGGUUUAUUCAGUACGAUCCGAAGUUGAUCGGUGAGACGCCCGUCGAGCAGGCACAGUUCUCGGAGAAGGAGAUUGAGCAGGGACAUACCGUCUCUUUCGUCGGGUUUAACCACAAUAAUAGGAUUGUUGCGACGAAGACUUCGGUUGCUGAUGUCACUGCCGUCACGAUUCCGCAGAACUCGACGCCGAGGUUCAGGGCCGUUAACUUGGAUUCUAUCUCUGUUGAUUCGAAUUUGGCGGCACAGUGUGGUUCUGGAGUCCUCGCUGAUGAGGAAGGAAAGGUUCAGGCACUUUGGCUCACAUACCUUGGUGAACGCACCCAGAGCGGACAUGAUACGGAGUAUAGGAUGGGAUUGCCGAUUGGGGCUAUCUACCCCGUUUUGGAGCGAUUGAAGCAGGGGAAGAAAGUCAAUUUGAGGAUAUUGGGGGUGGAGUUGUUUAGUGUGCUCAUGAGUACCGCACGUAAUAUGGGAUUGUGCGAUGAAUGGGUCAGGAAAGUCGAGGAGGCGAAUCCUGUUCGUCAUCAGUUGUUCAUGGUGAGGAGAGUCGAGGCGGGCUAUGAGCGCGUUUUGGAGGACGGUGAUUUGAUUUUGGCGAUUAAUGGACAGACGAUCACUAGGACUCGCGAGUUGGAUGUGCAGUAUGAUAAUGAGGUGUUGGAUAUUACUGUGUUGAGGAAGAGUGAGGUCGUGGAAUUGAAGGUCCCAACGUUGAGUGCUGAUACGCUCGAGACUGAUCGUGUCGUGUUCUGUUUUGGUGCGCUGUUGCAGCCCCCGCACCACGCCGUUCGUCAACAGAGCAAGAAGUUGCAUUCCGGGAUCUACAUUUCGGGUCGUUCUAGGGGAUCUCCGGCGUAUGAGGGAAGUGGAGGCGGGUUGGUCCCUACGAUGUGGAUUACGCAUGUUGAUGAGACUCCGACACCCGAUUUGACGACGUUCUUGGAUGUUGUUAGGCCGAUUCCGGAUAAUACGUAUGUGCGGAUCAAGACGAUGUCAUUCGAUAACGUCCCCUUCGUGAUCUCAUUGAGGAAGAGGGAGCAUUACUUCCCGACGGUCGAGUUGGUAAAGGAUGGGAGUGCGGAGUGUGGAUGGAAGGCUAUCAAGAUUGGAAAGGAUGGUGAGGAGGAGGAGGGUAUUGUGGUUCAUGUUGAUGGACUUGUCGAGGAUCCGAUUGAGAUGAUCUGA